UGUCAGUUUGGGCAAGCCUACGAUUCGGUGGCUUCCACCAUCACGAUUGCGUUAAAAAAAAUAAAAAAAGAUCAUAAUUAAGACAAAAAUGCCGCGAAACCCAACCAUUUCGAAUCCCUACGGUCUCGAUUGCACUCCAAAACCCUAGUCUCUCUCUCCUCCAUGAGAUCCCUCUCGCGAUUCACCAAAACCCUAACCUCCCUCCAAAAUCCUUCGCCCUUCUCCUACAGACCCUCGCCGAUCGCCGGAGCGAUCGCGAUCGAGGACAGCCCGGCCUACCUCCGCUCGGUGCCUCCGGCGGCCCGCCGACGCUGAAGCCGUGGAACUUGCAUCGGAAUUCGUGCAGCUUCCUCGGACUGUGAUCCGACCCGUUAAGAAUACGAUGCAAUAAACCCUAGUCGGAUGUUUACACGAUUCUCGAGGUGAACGACGCCUUCUCGGGAUUCGGAUCUUCUUCUGAUUCUUGUUCGUCUUUUAACAUGUCAACAGGAUUUUUUUGCUCAUGCGGGGCAAACUAUCAGAGAUAUCCCUGAGACAUUUGGAACCAAAUGACUAUAUUUAUGUCUCUGGGGCAUUAAGUUCGUAUAAAAGGGUGGAUGCAGCUGGCAAGUGUGAUAUUCUUUACAAGGUUGCUGUUUCCGAAUUGAAUAUUGUUACACGACAAGAUAAAAAUCAGGUUAGCCAGAAGUCUGAGAGUGCAGUAGGAAGUCUGACAGAGGGGACCUCUUGUGAACCUGAUCAAGAAAAAGUGUUGUCGGAUAAUGAUGAAAGGUACAGAGAUCGUUUGCGAUUAUGGCAGGUGUUCUUUGCUAAUCCUCACGAAUGGUGGGACAACAGGCAAGAUAAAAGAAAUCCAGGGAGUCCGGAUUUUAAACACAAGGAUACCAAAGAAUGCCUGUGGCUUAAUCCAGAUGACCCUCCAUGGAUAAGGAAGCAGCUUCAGUUGUAUGACUCGAGUAUGGGAAUAAGGCAUCACAGUCGCCAAGAUGCAUUUGAAUGGAAAGCAAAGGACUUUAUAUAGUUGGAGACAUCAUUUGAUGCCUUUGGGGGGAAGCUUAUUUGACUGUACAAACCAUCCACAGAGGGAGAAUUAUCCUGUCGAAGUGCUGGAAUGAGCAGAAAAGAAUCAGUAUGUAGAUCCGAUCCUUUUAGACAUAAAUUAAAUCCUUUAAGAUCAUCAUGAAGCAAUUUUUAGUUAAAUAGAGUUAUUUCUUCAACCAAAGGGCUUGCAGGCUUGUUGGGAUUCCCAAGAAUGUUAUUUUUACGAAGUAUAGUAACAUGAAGUUUAGAUUACAUACUAUUCUUGAAGGAAAUCAAAUAUUUGUACAUGAUAAUCUUUGGAGAUGUUUCACUUUUUGGGCUUUGGAGGUGUUUUCCUAUACCGAAACAAGAAAGCAGGCCGAAGUGCAGGAAUGAACAGACAAUAUUUUGUA